CUACUUUGGGCAAGAUGGCGGGGGUUGAGGAUAGUGCGACCCUGAGGCAGCCGCAUCUUUCUCGUCAGGAUCUCGCCAAUUUGGAUGUUACCAAGCUGACUCCACUCUCACGGGAAGUUAUCAGCAGACAAGCCACAAUUAACAUAGGUACAAUUGGUCAUGUUGCUCAUGGAAAAUCUACAGUUGUCAAAGCUAUUUCUGGAGUUCACACUGUCAGGUUCAAAAAUGAAUUGGAAAGAAAUAUCACAAUCAAACUUGGGUACGCUAAUGCCAAGAUUUAUAAACUUGAUGAUGCAAAUUGUCCUCGGCCAGAAUGCUAUAGAUCCUGUGGAAGUAGUACACCUGAUGAGUUCCCUACAGACAUUCCAGGGACCAGAGGGAACUUCAAAUUAGUCAGACAUGUUUCCUUUGUUGACUGUCCUGGCCAUGAUAUUUUGAUGGCUACUAUGCUGAAUGGUGCAGCAGUGAUGGAUGCAGCUCUUCUGUUGAUAGCUGGUAAUGAAUCUUGUCCCCAACCUCAGACUUCUGAACACCUGGCUGCCAUAGAAAUUAUGAAACUGAAACAUAUUUUGAUUCUACAAAAUAAAAUUGAUUUGGUAAAAGAAAGUCAGGCUAAAGAACAGUAUGAACAAAUCCUUGGGUUUGUACAAGGUACAGUAGCAGAAGGAGCUCCCAUUAUUCCAAUUUCCGCUCAGUUGAAAUAUAAUAUUGAAGUUGUCUGUGAGUAUAUUGUAAAGAAAAUUCCAGUACCUUUAAGAGACUUUACAUCAGAACCCCGACUUAUUGUUAUUAGAUCUUUUGAUGUCAACAAACCUGGCUGUGAGGUUGAUGACCUUAAAGGUGGUGUGGCUGGCGGUAGUAUUUUAAAAGGAGUAUUAAAGGUGGGCCAGGAGAUAGAAGUCAGACCUGGUAUUGUUUCCAAAGAUAGUGAAGGAAACCUUAUGUGUAAAUCAAUCUUUUCCAAAAUUGUAUCACUUUUUGCAGAACACAAUGAUCUUCAGUAUGCUGCUCCAGGGGGUCUUAUUGGAGUUGGAACAAAAAUUGAUCCCACUUUGUGCCGUGCUGACAGAAUGGUGGGGCAGGUGGUUGGUGCAGUUGGCGCUUUACCAGAGAUCUUCACAGAAUUGGAAAUCUCCUAUUUUCUACUUAGACGGCUUCUUGGCGUACGCAUAGAAGGAGACAAAAAAGCAGCAAAGGUGCAAAAGCUGUCUAGAAAUGAAGUGCUUAUGGUGAACAUAGGAUCCCUGUCGACAGGAGGCAGAGUUAGUGCAGUCAAGGCUGAUUUGGGCAAAAUAGUUCUCACUAAUCCUGUGUGCACAGAAAUAGGAGAAAAAAUUGCACUGAGCCGAAGAGUUGAGAAACACUGGCGCACUUUGAAUAUGAUAUCCCAUUGUCCUUUGACCAGCAAGUUUAAUUGGUUGGGGUCAAAUAAGAAGAGGAGUGACCGUGAAGCCAACAAGAGAUGAUGACUGAAGGAUAUCAGUUAAAAAAUACAUUUGGAUGAAGUCAGAUUUCUCUUACCUACUUUGAGGUGUAAUUUCAGAGCAGAGAAUACAUUUCACAGCUCAUCAUCUUAGAAAUUGUCAGGUUAUUCUAAUAUGUUUUGUGAAGAAAAUUUAGUCUCUACUACUAGAAUAAGUAAUAGGAUCUACAGUAAAUACCAAAAUUGGCAUAUUGAUGGAUUUAAUCCACAUUUUAGCAGAAAUUAAUCAUUGCUAAACUCUCAAAUUUGUGCAUCAAUUCAGGUUUGAAAUGAAACCAGCCCUUGUUCAUAGCUCACAUACCACUCAACCUGUUCGAAAUAAAGUUUUUCUUAUUUUUUUCAUGA